UGUUGUUGAAGAUCAGGUUCACGUCGGUGUCAUUCUCAAUAUGGGAUCAAGAGAAGGAAAGAUUUUUCUCAGCUGCAUGUCAAUGGCUCUCUCUGAUUUUUACCAUCUGCAUGAUAACUACAGCACAAAAGUGGUUCUCCACAGUAAGGAUUCCAAAGGUGAACCUCUGCCUGCUCUGUCAGCUGCCCUUGGUCUUUUGGAAAACAUCAAAGUGGAAUCAAUACUUGGUGCACAAACAAGAGCGGAAGCAAACCUUUUGGCAGAAUUAGGAGAAGCGGCCAAACUGCCUGUAAUGUCUCUUUCUCGUCCUCUGACUGACAAUAAAUAUCCUUUCCUUGUUGAGAUCAUGUGCAGUGAUCAAGCUGCUGAAGUUAGGGGAAUCAGUGCGCUUAUUGAAGUAUUCAAAUGGAGGGAUGUUAUAAUUUUAUAUGAUAACAAAGAAUAUGAGAAAGACUUCAUUCCAUCAUUAGUCAACUCUUUCCAAGAGAUCACACAUCGGAGUGUUUCAUACAAGAGUUCCAAUAUUGCUUCCUCCUCAUCAAAUGAAGAAAUCAUUGAAGAGCUCCAAAAGCUGUCGAGAUUGAAGAUUAAGGUAUUUAUGGUGCAUGUGUCACAUUUGCUUGCACCACGCCUUUUCUUAAUUGCAAAUAAGUUAGGGAUGAUGAGUGAAGGGUAUGCUUGGAUUGUGACUUCGAGUAGCAUGAAUUUAUUGCAAGCCAUGAAUUUAUCUGUUAUCGAGUCAAUGCAAGGAGUGCUGGGUUUCAAGUCUUCUAUUCCAGCAUCAAUAAACCUUCACAGUCUUACAACAAGAUUGAGGAGGAAGUUUUACAUGGAGGAUCCAAAUAUGGAAGCAAUUCGGGAGUUGAGUGCAGAUGGGAUCUGGGCAUAUGAUGCAACUUGGGCUCUAGCAGAAGCAGUUGAAAGAGCAAGGCUUAAAAAUUCUACCACUAGAUCCUCCAAAGAUGGAGCUGUGCUUCUUAAUGAGAUUUUGCAGACUAGAUUUAAAGGUUUAAGUGGUGAAAUUCAAUAUGUGAAUGGGAAACUGAUUCCAUCAGAACCAUUUGAGAUAGUUAAUGUUAUUGGAAAAGGUGAGAUCAAAAGGAUUGGAUUUUGGCCUUGCAAAGAAGAAGUAAAAUCCGGAAAAGGGUCACCCCAUCAGCAGCUUAUUCAUAGUAGGAGAAAUUUAGCUUCUACAAUUGAUCUUGAAAGAAUCAUCUGGCCUGGAGGAUCCAAAAGGGAAUUGAGUAGUAGUGAAACAAUUAAACUAAGAAUUGGUGUUCCAGUGAGAUUUGGGUUCAAGGAACUUGUUCGUGUCGAGCAUGAUCUUGAAACCAACACAACUCAUGUCACUGGCUUUUCUAUAGAUGUAUUUAAAGCUGCAAUUGGAGCUUUGCCGUAUGAAGUGCAAUACGAGUUUAUUCCAUUUGAGGAUGCCAAUGGAAAUUCUGCAGGGACUUAUAAUGAUCUUGUUUACCAGGUUUAUCUCAAGAAAUUCGAUGCUGUUGUUGGAGAUGUUACUAUCACAGAGAACAGAUCUCAGUAUGUUGAUUUUACAAUCCCAUAUACUGACUUAGGUGUGGGAAUGUUGGUACCAAAUGCCAAGGAAAACAUGUGGAUUUUCUUUAAACCACUUUCAAAAUAUCUUUGGAUAACAACUGCUGCUUUCUUUAUCCUUACCGGCUUUGUUGUCUGGAUAAUUGAGCAUCCUACUAAUGAAAACUUCCGAGGCACAGCAGCAGAACAAAUUGGAACAGUAUUCUGGUUCUCCUUCUCUACUCUUGUGUUCACUUAUACGGAGAAGUUGUCAAAUAAUUUGGCAAAGUUUGUAGUGAUCAUAUGGGUGUUUUUAGUGCUUAUAUUGACGUCGACUUACACUGCAACUUUAGCAUCAAUGAUGACAGUCAAACAGAUACAGUUAAACUCAAGGGCAAACUAUAUAGGUUACCAAUCGGGUUCCUUAGGAGUUAUAGUGAACUUGAAUUUCAAAGGGCUUAAGCCAUAUCGUUCAAGUGAGGAGUAUUUUGUUGCUUUAUCAAAAGGAAGCAAGCAUAAUGGUGUUUCUGGGGUUAUUGACGAGGUUCCAUACAUCAACAUCUUCCUUGCAAACUAUUCUGCUGACUACUCGAUGAUUAAAACCAAGUCUAUCACCAAUGGUUUUGCCUUUGUUUUCCCUAAAGGUUCGAAAUUGGUUCAAGAUGUGUCAAGGCAAAUUGAACGUCUGAGACAGGAAGAAAAGCUUAUAGAGAUGGAGAAGACCUGGUUUCUUAGAAAAACAACUCUCAUGUCUGAUGAGGAUAUUAAUAAGAAAGAUCCCAAUACGAUUGACCUCUACAACGUCCGCGGUCUAUUCCUUAUUAGUGGCGCUUCUUUAGCGAUUGCUCUUUUCUUAUUCAUAGUUGUAUCCCAUAGAUUUAGAAAUCUGAUUAGAGGACUAGUGCAGUUGAUUGGAAGACAACUACAGCGUUUAAGGAUGUUUGUCUCCAACAAAGUAUGCAGUAGAACUGAACAAAACUGCUGCAUGUCACUUCCUAUGCAAUUGUACAUAUACACUGUCCGAUAAUCACUAAAACAAAUAUAGUUCG